UUUUUCGCGCUGGUUGGCCUCACAGUUUGAGUUCCCCGCAAAAGCCUUUUCACUCCACUUGAAUGAAAUUCGUCGUUUGACGCCAUGGAAAAAUUCCUCCUUUCCGUCUAAGCGGCCGCCGGGACGUCCAGUCAGCGGAGUGCGUGAAAAGGACUUUUGGAAUGGACAGCAAAGGAAGUUCCUUGCCUUUGAUGGCCGAGCCGGCAAACCCCGUCAGUAUGAAGCAGUCGCCAGAGUCGCGCAGCGACCCUUCCCUGCUCAUGGACCGGGCCGCCGCGCAAACAGCCACCACCUUGCAGAACGGCGUACUCCCGAAGAUGUCCGGCCACGCUCACGGCAACCACGGACAUGACCGACUCAAGGACCUCACGUCUCUGGUCCUCAACAGCGACCAGGACGCCAUCCCCAAGAUGUGCGCCGCUGAGCCGCCCGCCCUCAAGGGCGCCGAAGCUCCUCCUUCCAACGGAACCCAUCAACACGCGCGUGGCCCUCACGGUGAGCCGGGGCUGAAGGCGAGCGUACCCCAAGUGGUCAAGGCGCCGCUCUUUGAGCCCUGCUUGGCCAGCGGGACCAGCUUGGCCGCCGCCGAGGGUGCCGCCGAGGGUGCUGCCUUGGCGCCCGAGGAAAGACAGGAAGUGAAGAAGCGGCGGCGGGGGAGACCUCAGAAACCAAAACCUCAACCCAACCUCAGUUCGUCCGCCAUAUCCAAAGAUGCUCUUGGUCCCGCUUCGGAGGCAGUGGAGGCGCCUGCAAUCGUCUCUGAGUCGCCAGCAAACGCGACAGAAGCUCUGCCUUUGCCGAACAGCUUCUCUGUUGGCGACGUGGUGUGGACCAAGGUGUCAGGCUACCCCUGGUGGCCCUGUCUUGUGACCACCGACCCUGAACUCAACCACUACAUCAAACCCAAACCAAACGCUAAAGGCAGGUCAGGCUUUCUUUACCAUGUGCAGUAUUUUGGAGAUGCUCCUGAAAGGGGCUACAUUUUUGAGAAGAACAUGGUGCCUUUUGCUCGGGAGAGCCAGUUCCAGGAACUCAGCCUGCGCAGCAAGCAGCCGGUCUCGCAUGUCCUUCACAAAAAGACCCUUCAAUCAGUGCCCCGUAAAGUGCGCCCCCAGUGGAAGAUGGGCGUCAUCCAGGCCACCGAGGCGCUGGCCAUGUCGCCCGACGAGCGCUUGGCCAACUUCAUCUUUGCGUACGACGAGAACGGGCCUCACCUCAACGCCUGCAUCCUGGACAAGCUGAAGCCCGAACCCGGCACCGAGGCAGAGGUCCGGCUCCUGAUGGGCGUGGCCGCUGCCUCCAAGCGUGGACAGCGGCUGAACGGAGGCCAUCUGACGAGAAAGAAGAAAGAUGCUCAACCCCCGGUGCCUCUCAAGAAGCCGCCAAGACCUCAACAACCUCUAAAGGUGGACGGGAGGCGGAAAACAUCAACAGGUCCUUCUGAGAAGAUGACGUCGGCAGAAAAUUCAGCUCCGGCUAAGAGGCGGCUGAAGCAAACCUCCAAAAGGACAACCACGGUUGACGCAGCCGUGGAGCAGCAGCCCAAAAAGAGGCAAAAAAAUGAGCAGGUCGACCAGAAGGCCAGUACGAGGAGGAGUUGGAAAGCUGACAAAGAAGGCAAAGAAACCAAGAAGGCACGAAAAGAGCAGCAAGUGCCUCUUGCAGGUAGACCACAAUCGAGCCAUGGUGUUAAGCAGCCCAACCACAAGACCAGUUUGUCAAAGCGUUCCCUUUCUCCACAAGACCAAGAAGAGAAACCAAAGCGCAAAAGGAAGCGGAAGCAAGAUGGCGAAAACCUCGGCGAGCCCACCAAGACCAAAAAGAGACGUUCGUCCCUUUGUCCUGAACCUGAGGGUUCCGGAAGCGAAGGUUGUCCCGCUUCUCCGAGCGACAGCCUAGACGGCAUGAAAAAGGGAGAACGCAAGAAAGAGUUUGUCUGCCAGGUGUGCGAGCGGGCCGGCGACGACCUGGUUCCCUGCGAAGGUCAGUGCUGCGGAAUGUUCCACCUCGGCUGUCUGGGCGAAAGCUUUCAGCCGGACGACAAGCCGCUGUGCCGGCCGUGCAGCACGGGGGUUCACCCGUGCUUCUCAUGCAAGCGGUCGGACGGGGAUGUGCGGCGCUGCCACGUGGCACACUGCGGCAAGUUCUACCACGAAGUGUGCGCCCGCCUCAGCCCACUCAGUGUCUUUGACAGCAAAGGUUUCCGCUGCCCACUGCACACUUGCCUCAGCUGCCACUAUGGCUGCCGCACGCAGCACAGGUCCACCAAAGGGCGGUUGAUGCGGUGCCUGCGCUGCCCGGUGGCCUACCACGUGGGCGACCUGUGCCUGGCGGCGGGCAGUGAGAUGAUCACUAACACCGCCAUCAUUUGCACCAACCAUUUCAACGCCAAGAAGGGAUAUAGCCACCACAGUCACGUCAACGUCAGCUGGUGCUUCGUCUGCUCCAAAGGAGGUCAGCUGCUGUGCUGCGAGUCGUGUCCCGCCGCCUUCCACCCCGACUGCCUGAACAUCGCCAUGCCCGACGGCAGCUGGUUCUGCAACGACUGCCGCACCGGCAAGAAGCCCAAAUACCGAGACAUCAUCUGGGUCAAACUGGGAACUUACCGUUGGUGGCCAGCGGAGAUUCACCACCCGCGCAACGUCCCCACCAACAUCCAGCACCUUCGCCACCAAAUCGGAGAGUUCCCGGUCUUCUUCUUUGGCUCCAAGGACUACUUCUGGACUUACCAGGGCCGCGUGUUCCCCUACAUGGAAGGCGACCGAGGAAGCAAGUACCAGAAAACCGGCAUCGGCAAAGUCUUCAAGACGGCGCUGCUAGAGGCUGAAUCUCGGUUCAAGGAAAUGAAGAUGAAGCGAGAGGCCAAGGAAGCACAGGAGAAAAAUCGAAAGCCGCCCCCGUACAAAUUCAUCAAGGUCAACAAGGCGGUGGGCAAGGUGCAGGUGUACGUGGCCGACGUGUCGGAGAUCCCCAAGUGCAACUGCAAGCCCUCGGUGGAACGUCCAUGCGGCUUUGAGUCGGAGUGCCUGAACCGCAUGCUGCAAUACGAGUGCCACCCGCAGGUGUGCCCCAGCGGCCAGCGCUGCUGCAACCAGGACUUCAGCAAGCGCCUCUACCCAGACACCAAGAUCAUUAAGACGCCCGGCAAGGGCUGGGGCCUGAUGGCGCUGCGUGACGUCAAGAAGGGCGAGUUCGUCAACGAGUACGUCGGAGAGCUGAUCGACGAGGACGAAUGCCGGGCCAGGAUCAAACACGCUCACGAGAACAACAUCACCGACUUCUACAUGCUCACCAUCGACAAGGACCGAAUCAUCGACGCCGGUCCCAAGGGCAACUUCUCCCGCUUCAUGAACCACAGCUGCCAGCCCAACUGUGAGACGCAGAAAUGGACUGUCAACGGGGACACGCGCGUGGGACUGUUUGCCAUCUGCGACAUCCCGGCGGGCACCGAGCUGACGUUCAACUACAAUUUGGACUGUCUGGGCAACGAAAAGACGGCGUGCCGCUGCGGCGCCCCCAACUGCAGUGGCUUCCUGGGAGAUCGCCCCAAGAACUCCAGCGGUCAGGUGGCAGAUCCCAAAGCCAAAAGGCCCAAGCGCAAGUACCGGAAGCGGCGGACGGAGGGCAAGAAGUCAGACGACGAGUGUUUCCGCUGCGGCGACGGAGGCCAGCUGGUCAUCUGCGGCAAGAAGACCUGUACCAAAGCCUUCCACUUGUCCUGUCUCAACCUCUCCAAGAGGCCCUUUGGUCGCUGGGACUGCCCGUGGCACCACUGCGACGUCUGCGGCAAGAACUCCCAUGCCUUCUGCCAACUGUGUCCCAACUCCUUCUGCAAGGCCCACCAGGAGGGAGCACUGCGUGCCUGGCCGCCCACGGGCCAGCUGUGCUGCCUGGAGCACGAUGAGCAGCAGGACGUCGCCCUCGCUGCCGUUCCUGCCAUCGCCUGUCCCAAUGGCCCAAGGAAAACCCCGGUCAAGAACGCCAAGAGGAAAACGGCCGAAGCUUAAAAAGUAGAAAGAAACCAAACACAAAAAGUUCAAUCUUGGUCAUCAGGGAACAAGCUCACCGAUUGCGCUUUUUCAGGUUUUUCUUUUUCUUGCACUGAGCUAUCCACUUCCUGGUCUGAUUUGUUUUUGCCAAACUGCAUUUUUUUAAACAUCAAGUCGAGGCUUUCAUACUUGAGUCCCCUUCUUUCUUUUUUUACUUUUUAAUAUAUAGAGAAUACAUAGUAAAUAUGUGCAUAUGACAGAAAUGAGACUACCUUGUACUGUGCUUAGUCCAGUAGUGUCCUUCAUACUUUUUUUUUGGUGAUAAUGCCCAACAUAAGGUGGUAAUAAUGAUAGUGUUGGGGGAGGGGUGAGGCAGGGCUUCCCUGUGAAUCUGUGACAAACACUACUGAGUCGUUAGAGCGCUCCAAGCACAUUUUGUACUCUUCAGUUGGAUCCUAACUUCUAGUUUUUAGUCUCAUUAAAAAAAGGAUAAAAAGGUGGCAAAAGUCAGCUCUCAAGGACUCACUGCUUGAAUGUACGUUGAGCCCUGGAAAGACUGUUGAACAUAUGUAGUGGAUCGUUGUGAGCACCAUUUAACUGGUUUAACUGGCUUUUAACUACUGUCCCUCCUAAACCACAAACUAAUAUGUACAUACUGUAUAAGUGCCCAUAGUGAUGCCUUCUAUUGUAAAUAUAUCAAGUUUUUUUUCUCCUA